GCCGUUUUGUAACGAACGCGAUUUGCAAAAGCAACGACAGCAGCGCCGCCAUUCACACGUCAACUGCACAUCACAACCACCCACGAUGGAUGCCAAGGUGUCUCAGCUGAUGGACGUCACGGGCAUCGACCCUGACCGCGCAAAGAACCUCUUACAGGCAUGUGACAACAAUGUUGAGGCUGCCAUCCUGUUGCACUUCUCCUCCGGUCCAGAGCCUGGGAUGACAUCGUCCUCAUCCUCGGCACAAGCGCCAUCAGCGCCCAUGCCGCCGCCAGAACCCGAGGUUCGCGCGCCAAUCAAGCCAAAGCAAGACACCCUCAUCGACAGCCCCGGCAUGCCUAUGCUGCGCAGCAUGCGGCGGCAACAAGGGGCUGCACCGACGAUUCGCCAUCCUUUUGCACAAUUCAGUGAUGACAUCAGCGAGACCCACCGCCAGCACUUGCAGGAUUUGUUUGCUCCCCCACGCGACCUCAUGUCGGAGCUGCCUUGGGAGGAGCUGCUUGCAACUGCUGCGCGGGAGGACAAGUGGGUGCUGGUGAACAUCCAGAAGACGACGGAGUUUGAGUCGCACCGCCUCAACCGCGACGUGUGGAGCAACACAACCGUCCAGAGCGUGGUGCGGGCGAGUUUCCUGUUCUGGCAAGUGGAUGCGGAGGUUCGCGAUGGUUCCGAGUUUGUGCGCCGGUAUCCAACGACGUCCCCCCCACACGUGUGUGUGAUCGACCCAACAACACGCGAGCGCAUGAAGGAGAUUCGCAUCACGUGCGACGCACACGACAUGGUGGAGCGAUUGUUGGCAUUUGUUGAGCGGCACGGAAAGCCGUCGUCUCAUGGUGUCGGGGGCGGCACAUCAUCACAGCCAGCAGCACCCCAGCAGCAGCCGUCAACAAGCACGGGAGGCGGCGUGGACCUGAACGCGGCGGAGGACGAAAUGAUGCGAGCUGCGAUUGCCGCGUCGCUGGCGGAUUCAAAGCCGCAGACGUCGAAGCGGGCAAAGCAGACAAUGGCGAGCAGCCGCGCCGCCACCACCACCACCACCACCACUGUUGAAGAUGAAGACGAAGACGAAGAGGAAGAGGACACACAGAUGAUGGAGGAUGAGGAUGAAGUGGUGGCGUUGGAUGACACAAUCGACGACGAAGAAGAGGAGGAAGAAGAAGAGGAAGAGGAGGAACAGCCAACAGUGCGUGCGCGCCCGGAGCCGCCUGCGGAUGCGAGCGAACCGCUGAGCACCGUCUGUCUCGUUUUCCCAGACGGAAGCAGGCUGCAGCGUCGCUUCUAUGCCGACGAGCCCGUUGCGGUGCUGGCAGACGUGAUCAAGACGGCUGCCCAUAUCGACGGGCCCGUGCACGCCAUGCGAACACAUCCGCGCGUGGACCUGCUGGCUGCGCCGCCCACAGACACAUUCGCAGACCUCAACAUCCGCCGUGAGCUCGUGCGCGUCGAGAAGAAGGACUGAGCAGCAGCAGCAGCAGCAGCAGCUUGGGGGGGAGGGGGUGGCAUGUGUGGCGUACACGCGAAUCUGUAUGUGCGUGUGUGUUGUAGAGGUGUGUGCACGUGUGCUCCAUGUGCAUGCACAUGUGUGUGUGUGCUUCAUGUGUGGCCCUUGUUGCAGUGGCGAACUGUGGUAGCGUUGUAUCUAAUGUGCAGCAGCAACGACAACAACAAUAGCGACAGUAGCAGUUGUGCUUGUCAACUUCACGCGCGUGUGAGCUGUUUUGUCAUGCGCAUGUGUGUGCGUGUGUGUGUUGGGUUCAGGCAAGCAAGGUAAAUGAAUACACAACCCAGCCAGCCGUGUGCAAUAGAAACCCCC